AUGUUUUGGGUGUAUCGCAAGCCUGACCUAUUCCUGAAGGACGACCGUGUCUCCCGAAUUGAGGGUAAAUUGGAGCAGCUUAUUGAUUACAUCGCGGGCCAUGCCCUCGCCGGACAACCAUCAGAGCCCUCAGAUGCCGAGUUAUUUCUCACGUUCUGCAACUCCCAGCCACUUCCCUUAUUUUCCCAGAGCGUUCCACCUGCCUCCCUCAGAAAUAGAGACCCGGAACUUUUACUUGCCAUGGACGCCCAUUGUAUUCGGUUUCGUGGACUGGGGAUCAAAGACAAGGAGCUUGAACUUGAAAUCAAAGCCAAGACUGAGCGCGCCUGUCAGCUUGUCAUGGGGCGCCUGGCUGAUGGAAAUGUAGAGCUAUCUACGAUUCAAGCGCUCUGUCUUCUGAGCCUGCUUGAAUUCACAGUUGGACACCUCGUCCGGGCUGGAUUCUAUACCAGAAUGGCGAGUUACCUCAUCCGGAAUGUCCGAACUGGUGACCGUGAAACUCUGAUGGACAAGCUAGACACAGAGAGAGACGAGAAGAGACUGUGUUACGCAAGUGUCAUGAUGCUACAGAAUCUUCAAGGUACCUCACAGUCAUGGUGUCUCAGGGAGGGCAACGACCGACAAGGCGAAUCCAGUCUUGCGACUCCAUACUUCGAGAACUUAGUAUCGCAAAGGUACUCUCGCAGAGAAGGCAGUGACUCACAACUCGACAUUGGUAUCAUUUCAGCAAACAUGUGCACUAGCGAGUUGUGGUCUUUGGCAUGCAAGUAUGCCAUCAAUAAUGGGACAAUCGACACAAAACCACCGUGGCAUCCCCAAUCAGACUACACUAUGAUUUCUUACUGGCAUACUGAACACGAGAGCUGCAUGCCUUUGCGAUUUCGCCUCCACGCAAGUCGAUUCUCGGAACAUCCUCCUGAGGAUCUGCAAACAAAUCGUGACUAUUGGGGCCCUUGGCUGUUCUUUCAGAUCGUAUGGCAUGCCGUUCCUUGUUUACUAAAUCACCCUUUUCUCCUCUCCGUACGCCUGCGCAAUUUCCGGCGAACGAUGCCGCAAUCUUUCCUGCGAAACUCCUUUGAGCAGCUCACCUUGCACUCCGGCUGGAUCAUACACUUCCUUGAGCUUAUCGAGUCGAAGAACUUUGAAGUUUCGGAUCCCACCCUUGGUCACUGUGUGGCUAUCGUCGGGACUAUUUAUCUCCAACAUAGCUUUGUUGAGGACCAAAACUUUAGUACAAAGGCGCAAACAGGAUUUGACAAAUGCCUUCGGUUCCUGCACAGGCUAGGUCAUCGAUGGCCUCACGUGGACCAACAGGCUCGACAAUUGGAACAGCUACGUGAUAGCAUAUCAUCCGGGGGCGUGAUUACGGGGACGGGAGCCACCCCAAACUCUCGCCAGAAGUGGUCUGUCAAUCUACAACUUCUAUGGAAAGUUCUGGUAUACUCCCAUGCAAGCAAAGCACCAAAUCCGGCUGGUGAUAUCUUCGGGCCUGAGCUGGCGAAGGACAGCAUUGCAUAUUCAGGAAUCUCGUCCACUAAUGACAUUGCCGAACCUGAUUUUGCUUUGAUUGGGUCAGCUGGAAUUUCGGGCCAUAAAACUGUGGUACCAGAAUGCGUGACAUAUCCGCCCGAGCAAACUGAGCAUUCGACCCAAUUGCAACAAGAACUCGGGCAGAUAUCACCAUCUGUGCCUAUCGCACAUCUCGCCGAAGAUCCAUCUUUAAACUUUGUCGGUGAGGAGACAUUGUUUUUACAGAUGCAAGACUAUGGAAAGGCUUUUGAGGACUGGCUUAGUCUCAAUCCAGCUUGA